CUACCCCAUCCUCGGCCUUUUAUAACCAUUCAUCGACAAUCAUUCAACCCACUGAUCGAAUCUCUUCCCCCCCUGCCUCAGAAAUAUUUCACAGCGCGAAGAAAUAUUUCACAGUAAUGGCAGAUGCACAGCGAAGUCAUUCACAGAUGAACGUGGAGAAAGCGGCAAAGGCGCACGAAGAUUCACAGAAGUCCAAUGCUCCUCUGGCGCCGAGAUCAAGCCUCGAGUCGGAAAAGGGAGACCCUGGCUCAAACCCUAGCAAAGUUGUGCACGUCCAGUACCCUAAGGACCAAGUCAUUCCUCCACGAACUGCCCCGAGAUAUUACUCCCGACCUCCUAAGCAUCGCCGCAACAGCUGCUGCCGCUGCCUCGCCUGGAUAUUUUGCCUCCUGUUGAUCUUUAUUGUAGCCAUUGCCGUAGCCGCUGGUAUCCUCUACGUCGUCUUCCAGCCCAGGGUACCUAAAUAUUCAGUCGACAGCAUUCAGAUCACGAGCUUUACCGUCGGCACAGAUUCCACCAUUUCGUCGCAGUUUGUGGUGGGAGUGCAGGCGAGGAAUCCGAACAAAAAAAUCGGCAUUUAUUACUUAGAUGACAGUUAUCUUGGGGUUUUCUUCUCCGGCACAGAGCUCUCCAGGGGAAAACUUCCGGCGUUUUACCAGGGGCACAAAAAUACUACUAAUUUAGACGUUUCUCUCACCGGGACUAAGGUGCAAAUCACCAGUGAAAAGGUUUCGUCGCUGAAUGCAGAGCAGAAGAAGGGAAGCAUUCCUCUGAAUCUGAAGGCGGAUGUUCCCGUAAAGAUCAAGUUUGGGAAACUGAAAACGAUGAAGAUUACUUUCCGUGUGCGAUGCGAUCUGGUGGUCGACAGGCUAGCUGCCAAUACCAGUGUCAAUAUUAGUAAUAAGAAAUGCAAGGUGAAGCUUUGAUGAGCCAUACUGGAUUUGCAGCUUCUUUUUUCCCCUGUUUUUCUUUUCAGUUUUGAUUUACAGAGGACAGGCGGUCCGUUUUGUCCUGUACGUUAUAGUGAAAGUGUUAGUUAGGGCGCUGGACCUUUUUCCAUUUAUUUAUUCAGAGCGCCUCUAUUACAUUAUUUGUAGCUGUGAUAUCACGUUAUGUACAUUGAUAUAUAUAUUAUUUGAUUCUUUCUGACAUU